AUGCUCUCGCGGAGAAUUACCGCCGCCGCCCGUCCCCUCGCCGCCCGCGCCCUGCAGCCCGCCGCGCGCCCCGUCCGCACCCAGAUCCGAUGCCUUUCCCAGGCCGACGUUGAGGACCCCGACAUGAACGGGGGCUACAUUAACCCUCCCCGCGUCAAGCGCCAGUUCCGUGACCCUUACGGCGACUGGUGGGACAAGCAGGAGCGCCGCAACUACGGCGAGCCCGUCCACGAGGACAACGACAUUCUCGGCAUCUUCAGUCCCGAGGAGUAUACCCAUUUUACCCCUGGCUGGGGCGCCGUUCUCUUCGGCACCUUCGUUGCGACUGUCCUUGGUUUCAGCGCCGUCGUUUCCCAUAUGUACCCGGACAAGGCCAGCGUCCCCAAGACGUACCCAGACGGCUUGGAGGCCGAGCUGGGAGGCCCCAAUGCUCUGCGUGCCCGCAAGCACGGUGAGGAUCAGUACUAA